ACUCAGCUGCGAGACGCGGUAGCAGACGGGUACUUCACUAUUCAAUUUGCGUUGUAUUUGUUCAGAGUAUUUUACCGCAUUAAAUCUAUAGUUAAAUACAGUCCACUUAUUUUAUUUACAAAGUCCUGAUAAGGCCUAAACAUAUGGUCCUUCGAUCGAAAAACAUUUACCAGUUUUUUGCCGUAAUUAACGUCGACAUCGUCAACGGUCACCGUGCGAACUUUGAACCCACGGCCACUUAUAUUGAAGAAGGCAGUCGUUCCCGUAGCAGCCUGCGUCAUCAUUGAAGACGCUGAUGUCAUCCUGGGAGUAUAAAAUCUGUAUUUGAGUGAGUUCGUUCCAAUUAGUUAUUUUUCCUCUAUUUUUUCAUGCCGAGAAAAUCAUUUCUACAUAUUUCAUUGGCUAAAUUAUAUUAAGUAAUAUUUCAUUAACCUUUAAUAAGUAGGUACCUAAACAACUUCAGUGCUUUAAAAAUUGCUUUGUCAUUGCAACGUUCGCUUGUUUAAAUUUAAAUGCUUAUUCCGUUACAAAUAUCAAGCGCUCAAGUGUCCAUUCGUUGACCUUGCGCUGAUUCAUAUUUUACCUGCGCGCAACAGUCCUUUUGUUCUCGCACAGCAGUUAUCUUUUUUAUCCUAAAGUAAUCAACGUUUUCUUUUCCUUUGCUGUAUUUAUAUAAAAAUAAAAUGGCAGAUAGUUUAAAAACUUUAUUGAAGAAGCGUAGUUCGAUAAAAUCAAAGCUUACAAUUUACAACAAUUAUUUAAAUUUAAUUAAAAGUAGUUCUGAUAUUUCUGAGCUGCAACGUCUAGACUUAGCGGAGCGUUUUAAUAAAUUCGAAACCUUAUAUUCAGAAUUUGAUGAAUUACAGACAAACAUAGAAGUGCUUGCCGAUGAUGCGGGGUCUACGUUGGUUGAGUGUGAGGACUUUGACCGUCAGUUCUUCAAUCUUGUGGCCAUCACGCGCAGCUUGCUCGGUGCUUCGUCCAACGGUGCUGGGUCAGAGGCGGGCUUCAGAGAUGCUGACUCAGGUGCACACUGUUUAAAUAAGAAUAGUUUUGUUCGUUUGCCUAAAAUAGAUUUACCUCAUUUCGAUGGGAACUACCAGUGCUGGCUCGAAUUUCGAGAUACAUUUACGUCAUUAAUACACGAUAACUCUAGUAUCAAUGAAAUAAACAAGUUCCACUAUUUGCGCGCUUCAUUGCAGGGAAACGCAGCCUUAGUUAUUAAAAAUAUUGAUUUUAAAGGCGAUCAUUAUAAAAUUGCAUGGGACAUGUUGUGUGAGCGGUAUAACAACAACCGUCUCCUUGUCAAUAAUCAUAUGCAAGCUUUGUUUGAUAUCGAUCCUAUAGUCAAGGAGUCAAGUGUCUCAAUCAGAAACCUGGUAGAUACACUUAAUAAUAAUGUAAGGGCACUAACAAAACUAAAUCAGCCUACUCAAUAUUGGGACACAUUAUUAAUAUAUGUCAUGACUAAAAAAUUAGAUUUGACAACAAGUCGUGACUGGGAAGAGCAUAGGAACAAUAUUUUAAAAGAUGAUCCUACUUUAACGCAAUUUUGUUCCUUUUUAAACAGGAAAGCGGAUUGGUUAGAGUCCGUCGAGUCAAAUAUCAAUUCUUCUCAGACGAAUACUACUGUAGCUUUAAAUAAUAGUCAUACAUAUAAACAUUCCAAUUAUAAAGUAACUCAAGUUAAUAAAAAAUCACAUAAUAAUUUUAAUAAAAUAAAUAAAUGUCCACUUUGCUCCCAGGCUCAUACAUUAUAUAAAUGCGAAUCCUUUAGAAACUUAACUAUAGAGGAUCGCAUAAAAAAGGCAAAUGAUUACAAUGUUUGUCUUAACUGCUUGCGCGUCGGACAUUCUGCAAAGCAGUGUAAACUAACACAUUGCAAAUAUUGCAAAACAAAGCACAAUACGCUUUUGCAUUUAGAAUUUAGUGAACCCAAACCAUUUUCGAAUCCAUUGCCUUCUGCUUUGCCUUCUGCGUCAAACAUCGCACUAUCAGCCAAUUCCUUGCAGCUUGCUACUCCUGCGCAUGUUUUACUGUCCACAGCUAUGGUGAACGUGAUUAGCGGGACGCGUAAGAAGUACACUGCGCGGCUACUGCUGGACAACGGUAGUACCGCCAACUUUGUUACGCAGAGACUAUCAGAGAAACUGGGUUUGUCACAUCGCGAUACGAGCACCAAGGUGACUGAUGCCAACAUCACGCGACUGGAUCGCUGGAGGAGAAUACAGUACAUCAGACAGCAUUUCUGGAGCCGAUUUCAUAAUACAUACAUCUCUCUGCUGCAGGCCAAAUCCAAGUGGUUUCAUUCCAGAGGUGAAGUGAAGCAGGGGUCUUUAGUUCUUAUCAAGGACAAGACAACACCACCGCUGCUCUGGUCCCUGGGCCGGGUCAUGACGACCUAUCCCGGCGUAGACGGAAUCACGCGAGUGGCUGAGUUGAAGACGAAGCGAGGCAUCAUUCGUCGUGCUGUCAACUGCAUCUGUCCUCUGCCAAUUGAAGAUUGAAGACGUCUCUUCAACCCGGGGAAUAUGUCGGCGCACGUCAUCGCGCCUUGGCCAAAAGUGGAGGACGCGGGGGGCGCGGACCGGUCGAUGACCCUGCGACUGCGCAGGCGCUUCUGUCGGACACUCAGCUGCGAGACGCGGUAGCAGACGGGCACUUCACUAUUCAAUUUGCGUUGUAUUUGUUCAGAGUAUUUUACGGCAUUAAAUCUAUAGUU